GAUAACGGGACCCGGGUGCCGCCGGAAAUACGGACCCUCAGGCCGGCAAGCGGAGAGGGGGGAUCGCGUUUCCAAGCACCCCACAGCAGGGACGGGCUGACCAUAAGGCAGGGAUCUGAGGCCUGAGCCCUCGGAUCGGGGGUAGCAGGCUGCGAGGCCGAAGGCUAGGACCCCACCUUUGGAACCCGGCACCUCCAGGUGGCGGUAGAGGUGGCGGCGGAGGAGCUCGACACUUACCGGCCCCGUUCCCGCCCCUGUCGAAGCCGAAGCUGCAGCCGGUGCCAGGCUGGGGCCAUGGGCGCCCCGCGCCGCCCGGGUCAUGAGGACGGAGGCGGAGGCAGCGGGGCCGCCGCUCGAGCCCGGGGACUUCGUGCAGCUGCCCGUGCCCGUCAUCCAGCAGCUCUACCACUGGGACUGCGGCCUGGCCUGCUCCAGGAUGGUGCUGCGGUACCUGGGCCAGCUGGACGACGGGGAGUUUGAAAGCGCCCUGCAGGAGCUGCGGCUGACCAGGAGCAUCUGGACCAUCGACCUGGCCUACCUGAUGCGCCACUUCGGCGUGAGGCACCGCUUCUGCACCCAGACCCUGGGUGUGGACAAGGGCUACAAAAACCAGGGUUUCAUCCAAACGGGGGACGGCAGCCUGCCCUUUUCUCUUCAGUCCUUCUACAGGAAGCACUUUGACACAGAGGAGACUCGGGUGAACCAGCUGUUUGCACAAGCCAAGGCCUGCAAGGUGCUGGUGGAGAAAUGCACAGUGAGCGUGCAGGACAUCCAGGCGCACCUGGCACAGGGCCACGUGGCCAUCGUGUUGGUGAACUCGGGGGUGCUGCACUGUGACCUCUGCUCCAGCCCCACCAAGUACUGCUGCUUUGCCCCCCGCGGCCACCGCUGCUUCUGCCGCACCCCCGACUACCAGGGCCACUUCAUCGUGCUGCGUGGCUACAACCGGGCCACUGGCUCCAUCUUCUACAACAACCCGGCGUAUGCCGACCGGAUGUGCAGCACCAGCAUCAGCAACUUCGAGGAGGCCAGGACCAGCUAUGGCACGGACGAGGACAUCCUCUUCGUCUACCUGGACAGCUGACAGUGGGAGCCUGGCGUGUCCAGGCCCUCAGACCCCGCCCUGCCCUGCCCUGGCCUGGCCCACUCAGGCGGCCCUGCCCCAGGCCCAGGGCAGCUGGGGCUUGGAUGCACAGCUUCGGCCUCAGCCCGUGUCACAAAAGCCCAGGGAGCUCUGGGGGGCCGCAGCACAUCAGACUCACCCGCCAGCAGUGAGUGCCAUCAGGCCACCAACCCUUGCACCGCUGGUUGCUGGAAACGUCCCCAGAGCUCCUGGGCAGAGCUACCCCAGGACCCUCAGCCUGACCCCAGCUGAGUCCAGGGGGCCACCCAGCCUCAAGAGUUCCCUUGAUGCCUGGGCCCAUUGCCCCACAGACCUGGGGACCGAGCCCUGGCGAGAGAUGUUACUUGUCAGGGCAGCAUCUGUGUGUUUGGAGACUAGCCGACCCCGGCUGCACGGCGAGCUGUCCUCACCCUUCUCCCUAGGAGUGCUGCAGGGCCCCCAAGUCCCCGCGGCUGGUUGCGAGGCCUGUGGCUCCUGCGGAGGGCUGGACCUCAGGCAGAAAGGACUCUGGGGCACCGCAGCCCUCCUGGGACUCCAGCUCCACAGGUUGUGUGUUGGGCAGGAGCCUGCUUUUGCUGGCCCACAGUGCUGGCCGUGCUCAGGGAAGCCUGACCCAGAGGGCCAGAGACAGCUGCUGGGCCCCAAAGAUCCCCCCGCCCGCCCCUGACCAGGAGGCUCCCGACACUCACCUAAGUCCCACAGUGGGGCCCAUCUGAGCACAGGGAGCCCAAAUCUUGCAGGGCUGGGGCGCAGGGCCUGUGCUCCUCAAGCAAUGGUCAGGGGCGGCCUGUGGCUUCCCCCUACCCCAGUGUUCAUGCCAGAACCUUGCACAGAGUGUUGGGUCUCUUCUUUCUGGAUGGAGAAGGGUGGCACCUGCCCGGGCCACACAGCACGGCGUGGAGCAUGCACUGGGAGUGUUGCCUUCUUUUUCUCUUUUUUUGGGCGAGGGUUGGUUUUUUGAGAUUUAAGUUUUCACUUUUGGGGAGAGAGUCACCCUCCAGAUAAUAAUAGUGAGAUUGCAGGUACUCUGGAACUGCUGACACCUCUCUUCAUGGGGCAGACAGGCGAGUUAAAGUUACCUUACAAAGAGCAGAGGACUCCCAGCUGGUGGGCUCAGUGCCAGGGCCCUCACCUCACAGAGUCCCGCCCAGUCUGGGGGAGUUUGCCCAGGAGUCUGGUGGAGUUGGGUCUCGAACCCAGGUCUGCACCUAAAAAAAUAAGGGAAGUGGAUCAUUCCCAGAGGGGCUGGGAACACCCACCCACCCAUCAGGGGCUGCCCCUGGCAGAGGGGUCCCAACAACCUAUCUGCUCCUGUGCCCCUGUGUCUUGGUCUUCCAGUGCCCGUGGCAUGGUGUGGUGGCAGCUGCUGCCCCUGCCCCCCCUACCCCCAUAGCUGUCCCCUCCCCUCCAUAGCAGCCCUGGGGCAGAGGUGGCCUCUGCCUGCAAAGGCCAUCAGACCACCAGCUGCAUUGCUCCUCAACACCAGAUGCAGCCAUGGCUGGGAGGGAGGCGCUGCAGCUGGGCAGCCACCCUGGUUUCAAGGCUAGUGCUGCCUUCACACUGGUCUGUCUCUUGCCUUAAUGCGGUGUGGCCCCACACCCCAGUGAGCUCUGGUACCCAGCAGUACCAUGUGUGAUAGCCGUGGGGUUGGGGCAGACUCCAGAGGGGUCUGGGUGAAACUGUGGGGAGGACAGGUAUCACGGGAAAUGGGAAAUGGAGCUCUCAGGGUGGCUGAAAGUGAGGCCCCGUGUGCAAGCUGUCAGGGAGCGCGAACUCCGUGGAGAGUGGUCACAGCACUGCCAUCUGUCACGCAACGUGUGGAAACACUCUGUCCCUGGGCUUGGAGGAUGGCUUCUCAGGGCGAGCCACAGGUUAGGGGGCAACUGUCUGGAAGGCCAACAGGAAAGCUGCCUGCCCCUGAGAUGGUGCUGUCUUCCUGGAGAGGGUUGAGGGGGCGGGACACAACCCACACUGUCCUGUGCAAUGGAGAAAUCAUGAAAACGGGACCGAGGAAUGGCCCCGUUAGGAACUGCUGCCUACAGAACAUGGCGCCCGUGACCCCUGUCCACAGCCGCAGUGGACAGUUGGCUUUGUUCUCUCCAGCCACAUGGGGACAAAAAGAAUCUUUUGCAUUGCAGAGAUUUUAUACAUAUAUUUUGUUUGUAAUGAGCCAUUCUCAAUAAAUGUUAUUCUUCUGCAAAA